GGGAUUGACUUCGUUUGCAUAUGGUCCGAAGUUUGGUGAUGUAGACGAUACUGGGCGUGCCUAAAUUAGUUCUAAUUAAUGCAACACGUCGCAGUUAGAAUUCCUGUCUUAGACAUGAAUUAACUCUGUGGAGACUAUCGAAAUGGACUUCACACUGUGUCUGUGCCUAGUUUUAGUCACUUUCAAGAUUUCAAGCGGAACACAUCGUCAAGGUAAACCGGAUUGGUUUGGAAAUGCCCAGCGUGAACUACAUGAAGCCAUUACUCGAAAUCACAACACCAAUAAAGCGAAAAACGUCAUUCUGUUCAUCGGGGACGGCAUGGGGAUGUCCACCAUCACGGCGGCCAGGAUUCUCAGGGGACAGUUGAACGGAAGUCCCGGAGAAGAAAACUUGUUGGAAUUUGAAAAGUUUCCUCAUGUUGGUCUCACAAAGGUAUAUUCCAGCGACAGACAAACGCCGGAUUCAGCAGCAACUGCAACUGCGCUUCUAUGUGGAGUCAAAACAAACUCGCAUUUGAUUGGAUUAGACGAUUCGGCAGUUGUGGGAAACUGCACCAGUCAACUUGGCGCCGAAAUAAACUGCAUGAAUGACUGGUUUGAAGAGCAAGGUAGAUCCAUGGGAAUUGUCACCAACACAAAAAUAACACACGCUACUCCGGCUGCUGGCUAUGCGCACGCAGCUAGUCGUGUUUGGGAAGGCGAUGUACAUAUGCAAGGGAUCACUGGUGACUGCAAAGAUAUCGCUCAUCAACUGAUCUACAAUAACUCAAAUAUCCAGGUUUUGUUUGGUGGAGGAAGACAAUAUUUCAUCAGCAACCGACAAAAGGAUCCCCAGUACGGUGACCACUUUAUAUCAUUUCAACGGCAGGACAAUCUAGAUUUAAUCGAGAUUUGGGGAAGAGACAAGAAGUGGCGAAGAUACACCCCGAAAUACGCGUGGAACAAGCAACAAUUUGAUGCAAUCGAUCCUGAUCAGACAGACUUUGCGCUGGGUCUGUUUAACUCCCAACAUAUGCAGUAUGAACUGGAUAGAGAUAAAACUCCUAAUGGAGAACCUUCGCUGGCGGAAAUGACGGACAAAGCCAUCAGAGUACUACAACAUAACGACAGGGGUUUCUUUCUCAUGGUGGAAGGAGGGCGGAUCGAUCACGGACACCACAACAACACGGCUAAAAGAGCUCUACAUGAAACUCUCGCCUUCGAGGAUGCGGUUAAAACAGCGUUAAAACUGACCAACUCCAGCGAUACUCUGAUAGUGGUAACAGCCGAUCAUUCUCACGUUUUCAACAUGGGAGGACAUUCAUACCGUGGAAAUGACAUACUGGGUGUUGUAAAUCCAAUUCCCCCUGAGGAACUGCCUGUGGACGGAAAUGCCUGGACAACGCUAAGCUAUGGCAACGGGCCUGGAUAUGACUGGGGUUUCCGGAAAGACCCCAAUACCGUCGACACAACACACAACAACUACAGACAAGUGAGUGCUGUCCCCUUACUUUACGAGACUCACAGCGGAGAGGACGUACCCGUCUACGCCACCGGACCAAUGGCGCACCUGUUUGACGGCGUGCACGAGCAGAAUUACAUCGCUCACGCCAUGGCGUAUGCCGCCUGUGUAGGCAUUAACAAGCAGCACUGUUUACAACAGUCUCAAAUCAAACCGUUAUUCACUCCCAUGACAUAACUGUGGUACACUCCGGUGUUUACUAACCCGAAAUGAUGACCGGGUAUUUUACAAUCCAGUAUUUAAAAUGUUAUGUACAAAAAUACUACAUUCACAGCCUAUCCAGAAAGGUAUUAGAUCAGUUAUGUGUCUUAUAUUUCGUGCCUUAUUAUCCAAUACAGUGUACAAUUUCACAUUUUAAUAUAAAUCUAAGGCUCUUGUUUCAAAUAUUAUUCAAGCAUGGAUUCAGCAAAAGCACCAUAAGGGAUUCUCAGCAACAAACAACAAAUUCUCAAACUAUUAUAUAUAUUUUACAUACAAGAUAAAUUUAUCAAUUCAUGGCCCCUGGAAUAGGAGAUGGGGUCACAAGGAGGAAAGUAAAUGGAAAAUACUAAAACUUUGAAAAUCUUUGUAAAAUUAUGCGAUUUUUCAUAUAUACCGGUCCUUUGUAUUCACUGUCAUUCAAAUAGCCAUUCUGAUACUAUGAUCGGGGCCACAAUCUUCUAUAAAGGCAAUAUGAGUACCAAGAUCAGCAUUAUAUGUACUUGGUAUAUGUUUGAAAGAAAUUACUGCCCCCACCUCUCCCGAGCCUUGUUGAGCGUAAAAUUUUGAAUGUAUAUCUAUGAGCAAGUCAACUUGGGCGUGAUUCAUGUAGUGUUUGUACAAUGUACUGUGAAAACCAUUCGCAAUUUGUUGUAGCAAUAUGUAAAGUUUACACUUGAAGGCUAUCAUAAAUUUUAAUUGAAUAUAUUUAUAUUGAAUUUAUCAGGAAAAAAUUGUAUACAUGAUAUUACAACUACAAAUAUAAAUGUAAAGUGUGUAAAAUGUUCACAAGUAAUACACGUCCAAACAAAACAAGAAUAAAUAAAUCUAUAUAAUGACUAAAAAAUGAAUUCAAACACCUGACAGAUUGACACAAACACGUAGCAUGACAACUUUAAGGUCAAGUCCAUUUGACUUUUUCAGAUUGGAUGAUAUUAGUACAAUUUGUUAAUUUCACUUCAAACAUGUAAGUUUUCAAAUGCUCAAUGAAGAACUAUGUAUAAUAUGCAAACAUUUAAAAAUAAAAUUAUUCUGAAACCUGCUGA